AUGGCACGCCCCCCCUCCCCCUUGCCCAUUCAUCUGGCCUUGUCCACCCCUGCUAGUCCAAUCUCGGCAGGGAUUGCGCAGGCUCGUUCUGCCGCCACGAGCGUCACCCGGGCCAGCUUUCCCACAGAUCACGACGAGGAAGAUCGUGCGCGUGCCCGCGCCUCACCGGAGAGGCCCCUGUUAAGUGUACUCAAAAAGGAAUCGAUGUACAAGUACGGGUGGUCAUAUUACUCUAUGCCGCCUCUUCAAAGGUUCCCUAUCGCACACGCACCCUGGCAUUCCUCUCUGCUUCUUCUCAAGGCCGACGAGCGGCGGCCGACAGCUUUGCCCCCCUUCCUUGUCUACCGCCGAUUAUUUGGGGGCGAUGUGCGGCUCCAGGACAUGUACCUGACGUGUCCAGCGUCGGACUUGUUGGUGCUCACCAUGCUCUUCAACUGCCCUGUAGAGUGCUUCCAUUUACUGGCACUUCAUGUCAAUGACGCAGAGAAUCCUACCCUGCAGGGCACCCUUCUCGGCCAAGUGCAUCUGGUACUGGUGCUCGUGCUGAGUGAGAGUCAGGGCAUCUCGGCUCUCGGGGAAUGGGCUCCGCGGACAUCUUGGUAUCUGCAUUCACUCUUAACAACCCAUGCUCCGUCAAUCGCGAUCCGAUCCCGGGAUGCUUCCAAGAGGCGGCAGAGCACAGGUGCCGGUGCCGUCACCGUCACCGUUGCAGCGACGAUCUUGGCCGGCCGGUGA